AGAAUUUCAGAAAAAAAUUAAAAGUUUAUAAAAUUUUAUUAAAAGCCCAAAAAAUUCCAAGUUUUCCCCUUUUCAUAUUUAGAAAAAAAUACAAAAUUCAAAAGCAAUGGCUAGCGAGCAAGAACCUCAAACUAUAGAAGAGGUGACCGAUGUCGUGCAAUCAACGGAAAACACCAUGGAGGAACAUGAAGCCGAGAAUCGGGAACUUUCGCAAGAAGCAUUAGAUGAGCUAAGAAUACAACACAUUAUGGAAGAUGAUGGCGAAGAUUAUUCAUUGAUGGGUUCUUCAGAUGAUCUAGAACAAGCCCGCAGUUACAAAGAAUACAAAAGGCUGCAAAAUGAAAUACAAUGUCAAAAUUCCACCAUAAAGGAUAUACUAGAGAAAAUUCAAAAGCUCGAAAGUAAAUCAUGUCUCCAUAAAUGUGAUAAAAUGCAGUUAAGGGAACUCUAUGACUUUUUGAAGCAGGAAUCAGAAAAGCUUAAGUGUCUCACCGAGAAGGCUAUGCACUUACAGAACUUUGGUUCACACCGAAGAUACGGGGACGUAGAAUUAGUAUCGACCUUUGAUGAAAACCAAAUGCCAACCUUAGCCAUGAUUGGUGAGCAAAUUCAUGCUCCAACUACCAGUAGAAGAAGCUCCAAAAAACAAAAACGCUGUUGGAGAGCCCCUGGUGGUGAUACUACCAGUGAGCUGGACAACUCUUGUUCGAAUGAUGAUAAAGAAGAUCUGUGUGUUUCGAAUCCUAAGAAACUAAUGAAGGAAAUAAUGAGAACUUUGCAAAACUACACCAAUGCUGGUAGUGGUUGCAAGAAAACUGCAUCUAACAGCUCCUUUAAAUCUAAAUCCCAUACAUGUGAAGGGAAUACUAUGAUGACAGAACUAAGAGAAAAGUUAAACGCCAUGCAGCAUACAAUUGAUAGGCUAAAUGAAGAAAUUUGUCAUCGUGAAGGGGGCAAAGGGAAGCGAAAACCUCAUUCUGCUCAUCCCAUUUCUUUGCCGCCAUCGUGUGGCAUCUCAAAAAAUCAACAAUUCGAUGAUUUAAAGGACAAAUACACACACCUUCUCAAAGAGUUUUCCAAAAAGGAAGCGGAGCUGAAGGACAUUACCAAGAGAAUAAAAUCAAAUUGCGGCUGUGGCGGCGAAUCUGCCGACUCGGCAGAAAUACAUUUGCUUACGGAACGCAUAAACGACCUAAAGGAGGAACAAAUAGAAUUCAAGUGCCUGAUGAAGGAGCAAUCAUGUCAAUUGGAUGAUUAUCGCAAAAAGUAUUUAACGGCUCAGCAAAAAGUAGAAGAGCAAGGUGUCUUAAUCGAAAAGCUAAACAUGAACAAUAAGCGCAUUGAGAAACAAAUCAAUUUGGAAAUUAAGGAAAUACGCAACAAGUUUCAGGAAAAACUCAACGACCUAUUGCAAUAUCCUAAACUACUGGAAAAUGAACAAAUCAAAGUGGCAAAACUUUGCAAGCAAAAAGAAGAGCUAGAGCAUAAAUUGACCAUAGUAUGCAAGGAGUUGAAAGGACUUAAAGAUAAAAAGCCAGCAAAUAAGGAGGGAGUUGCUGGUGACGAAGACUAUAAGACCCAGUACCAUAAAUGCCAAAAAGAUUUGGAAGAGAUGAGAACAAAUUUCGGUGAAAUGCAAAAGCAAAGAGAUUUAUUUUGCCAACAAUUGAAAGAAACCCAAGAAGACUUCAAUUGUUUACGUUCGGAGUCUGCAAAGAUUAUAGCACGCACCAAAGAAAGCAGUGAACUGAUUAGAGAAAAGCAAAAACAGCAUAUUGACUGCUUGGAAAAACAAUUGGCCCAAUGCAGAGCCUCAGCAAGUUUGUCGGUUAGCGAUAGGGAAUGUGUCAUACGCGAAAUGCAAGGCCAAUUGAAUAGUUUAUCCUAUAGCUUUGAUGCCGCCCAAAAGCAAAUCAAAACUCUGCGCAAUCACAUAGCCUAUAUGUCCAAUGAGAAUUGUUUUCCAGCCAAAAAAUAAGACAUGAGAUUUAAAUCUUUACUAAAUUUUAUAUAUAAUAAAUAAAUUUGUUUAGUUUUCUCUUUCGUCUCAAUAUCCCACACUAUGUAAUUAAAAUUAAAUUAAGUUUGACAUUAAAUCUGAAAACCUAGCCUUUGAUCAUGAAUAAAAAGAAACAUGGCAUUAUAUAGUCAUUCGAAA